AUGGUAUACAUUAGCAACAUUUCCCACCCCACCAACCAAAAAUUGGUAGCGAAGCAGUACCAGAUCAGUCUAGGCAAGCUCCAAAAGAAUGUGGCUGCUGAUUUCAAGGAAGACAGUAAGUACCGCUUCUACCAAGGCAAGAACAUGGAGUCGCACCUCUACGAGGGAAUUCAGCCUGCUGAGUUCUACGACAAGCUCGAGAACGUGCUCGCAACCCAGAAGUCUGCCUUCAAGGUCAACAUCGCUCUUGGAUACAAGCUUGUCAGCAGAACUGAUGACAGCGAGACUCGCUACUUCCACCCGAAUAUUAGCAACACGUCUGUAUUUAGCACUCCUGUAGCUAUCAACAGCAAGGCUGAUAUUCGUAAGGUGAUCUCGGAGAUUCGCUCCAUGGAGUUGGCUGACAAGCUCAACUACCCCAGCUCCGGGUACAUGGUGAAGGGGAUUACUGGCUUCAAAAUCUAUAUCUACCAACGCGACCAUGCUCUGGGUGAUAGCGAGGCUGUCAUUCCUAAGGCGAUUCGUGAUAACAAGCACGUCAUCAACUUCCCCAAGACGAACAACAAGUGUGUCUUCCACUGCAUUGCUUAUCACAAGCAGGAGGGAGCCAAGAAGGAUCCUCGCAGAAUCCAGGCUCUGGUGAAACAAGCCUUCAAGCAGUACUGUUCGUACAAGGAGAUCACCUACACUCUGGGUCUGUUCCGCAAUUUUAAGCCUAUCGACAUUCUCCAAUUCGAUGAGCUUGAGGAGUGCUUCAAGCUGAACAUCAACGUCUUCAACAUGGAUGUUGAGACGGGCAAGGUUGAAUGCAUUCGCUGCUCGGACAAGGACUAUGAUUCGAUCAACAUCCUGUCGCACGAGAAUCACGCUCUCUACAUCACGAACGUUGAUAUGCUCCAGCAGAAGUACCAAUGCUCUACGUGUGAGAUGGUGUUUGUUAGCUCUGAUAAGCUACGUAACCACAGUAAGAACCAAUGCGAACUCGUGAACAUCGAAUCGUUCCCAGCUCAGCCAACCAUUUACCAACCCGCUCCGAACAGCAUUCGUUACAUGCUGACUAAGUACUCCAUCAAGGAUGCUGACCAUUACAUCGAUCACUUCAUUGUCUAUGAUUUUGAGGAUAUCCUCAAGCCUACGGGUGUCAAAAACGGAGAGAAUACUAUCUUCACAAACGAACACAUUCCUGUGUUUGUUUCCGCGGCCGACAGCUUGACUGAGGAGGUGCGAUGCUUUGUCAGUGAUGACCCGAAGGAGUUGCUCAAGGAUAUGUUUCAGUACAUCAAGGAAGUUCCUGGUCUAGACUUGGGUAAGACGUACAAGAUGGAUGAUGUCAAUGCUUGGAUUCAGAACGGGGAGUUUGCUUGUUUCUUCGAUUUCCACAGCAAGCUCACAUUCGGUAAGAAGCGCUCGGAUUAUGGCAAGCUGAAGCAGUGCAUUGGUCAGGUACCAGUAUUCGGAUUUAACUCUGGACGCUACGACAUCAACCUUAUCAAGGCGGACCUGUUUGCAGUCAUCGGUACUGACAACAUCACAUCAGUCAUCAAGAACCCUAGCUACAUGUGCAUCGCCACGUCAGACAUGAAAAUGCUUGACAUUAGCAACUAUGUUCCGGCAGGCAGCAGCUAUGCAAAGUACUUGUCGACAUAUCUCGGUGAGUGCAAGUGUGAUGACAAGAUUCGAUGCGUCUGUGGCCUAGGAAAAGGCAUCUUCCCGUACGAGUACAUUACUUCAUUUGACGUACUCAGUCAGCCGGAAGUCCCUCCUAAGUCGGCGUUCGACAGUGAUCUUCGUAGCACUAGUAUCAGCGAUGAGGACUAUGUGCGGGUACAGUUCGUCUGGGAACACUAUGGCAUGAAGUGGAUCAAGGAUCUACUCAUUUGUUACAACAACCUCGAUGUAGUACCCUUCAUCAAGGCCAUCAAAGCCCAGCGAGAACUAUUCAAACGUUUCGAACUUGAUAUGUUCACUGAUGGUGUGUCGCUACCUGGUCUCUCUGAGAAAGUCAUGUAUCAGACGUGCUUCAACAACCUCCAGCAACCAAGUAAGGAGCCUGCUGAAGCGUUUGACUUUCCCGCUAGUCGCUUAAGUGGAUAUAAGACCCAGGAUGCUGAUGCCGAUCGUGAAUUCAAUAUGACGCUACAACACCUCAACGACUUGCUAGAGCGACAAAAGUACCUGUGUGGGCUAUGCUACAAGCAACUCACAGCUGAUACUGCCUCGGCUGACCGAAUCAAUAACAAGCUCGGACACAUCGAUGGUAAUAUCUUGAUCAGCUGUGUGGGAUGCAACGUUGCUCGCAAGAACAUGUCGCUAAAGGGCUUCCGCCGCAAGAAGCUAUUUGAAUUCAACUCAGACAGGUUGGUGUACACUAUCGAUAGAGAGGAGAAGGACAUCUACACCAAGAUGAAGGCGAACAUUGCUGGUGGUCCUUCUAUCAUCUUCAACAGAUACGCGAAACGCAACGAGACCAAGAUUCGAGGGGGUAGGAUCUGCAAAAAGAUCAUCGGCUACGAUGCUAAUGCUCUGUAUUUGUGGGCUCUUGGUAAUGAGAUGCCAUGUGGACGGUUGACUACCAUCGAAGCAUACACAGGGAUCGUCGAUGAUAUUGUAAAUGACAAGAUCUUUGGCUUCCUCGAGUGUGAUAUCCGUACACCAGAGCACCUCAAACCCUACUUCAGUGAAAUGACCCCAAUUUUCAAGAACACCCUUAUCGACUGCAGCGAUCGGAGUGUCAUCGGUCAGCACAUGUUCGAGUACAACGAGGAGCGCAAGCAAAGCCGAGCAAAGCCGGCUCGCAAACUCAUCGGGAGCUACUUUGGUGAGAAGAUCCUCAUUUAUGCACCGCUACUCAAAUGGUACAUUUCUCAUGGUAUGGAGAUCACCAAGACUUACAGCUUCAUCAAGGCUAGCUCUCACAAGGCAUUUGCACCAUUAAUGGAAGCCGUAUCGAGCGCGCGACGAGAGGGUGAUGAAAAUGUUAAAUCCAUCUGUAAGAUCAUUAUUGAGAAGAUGAUGAAACUGGUUGGUAAUAGUGCGUUUGGUCGAUCUGGCAUGGACAUGAGCAAGCACAAGGAGGUCAGGUAUGAGCCGGACGAUAUGGCAAUCAAGGCCAAGAUUGAGUACUUCACCUUCCAUGGACUGGAAGAGCUGAAUGAUUCAUGUGAAUUCACUAUGAAGAAGCGAAAGCUCAACAAUAAGAACCCAAUUCAUCUAUCGAUUGCAAUCUAUCAGCUCGCUAAGCUCCGUAUGUUGCAAUUCUACUAUGAUUGCAUUGACUUCUACUUCGACCGUUCGGAAUUCCAGUACCAAGAAAUGGACACAGACUCGGCUUAUAUUGCGUUCAGCUGUGAGAAGCCAUUCGUUGAGUGUAUCAAGCCCGAGCUUCGUGAGCAUUUUCAGCAGCAUAAGUACGAGUGGUUCCCACGUGAUUAUAGCGAAGAGAUGGCUCAGUUUGAUCGCCGAACGCCAGGUUUGUUCAAUGAUGAGUGGUCUGGUGAUGCUAUGGUAUCAUUGUCCUCUAAGAACUACAUUUGCUACCUACCAGACGAAUCUUACAAGGUCAAGGUUUCAGCGAAGGGAGUCCAGCAGAGUGGUGGCCGCAAUGGCGACGUCCUCAACCCAGAUGGCUUUGAAUCAGUUGUUCGCGACCGCAUCACGCUACAGGGCACUAACAAGGGGUUUAGACGCAGUAAGGAGACCUUAUACCAGAAGGCUAAAGAACUGGAGCCGAAGAUUACGAUGAAAAUCGUCAAGGAAUGGUACUCAAACCAGAGCGAUAUUCAGCGAUUUCAGGAGCAGAAGAAGCGAUACGAUGGGUUCAAAAUCGCAUCGACUAACCCCAAUUCGUGA